AAUUGAGUUUGUUUGUUUUAAAUAAAAAGUUGUAUUAAUAUUAAAAACCACCUCACUUGCUUUGGUGUAUUUUUUACAGACAUAGUAGCACAAUUAAAGAGCAACUACUUUGAGAAAGUUAAGCCGUUCUGAAGGAUUCUGGUAGGGUUGCUUUUGCUUCCUCUCCCCCGACCAAUCACAUUUCAUCUGUCAAUGCCGGCUCUCCUAAAAUAACUGCAGUAUUUCUAGAUGUAUCCUGUUGAAUAUACUCUGGUUUUUUACAUCUUCAAAUGUGAUACGGUUUCUUGGACAUCUCGUAGAGAAGUUUGGUGAAUUCAACAUUUGAAAUGACUACUGUUUUGUAUUAUUUCACUCUGCCUCUCCUCAACUAACAAUUACAACAUCAGGCUUUCACAUCCUUUUUAUUUAUUUGAUUCUCAUACAAGUUAGAUGUUACUCUUGUUUUUCCCCCACUACUGUCAACUUUACUAUCAUUACUUUAUAGCCCAUUAUGAAAUGACCAAUGUAGUACACAAAGAAGUGAGCCAGAGUUCACCUUUAUUGAGUUAAUGAUUAUUUUUCCUGGAAUGCUUUCACCAAAGGAUCAGACCACAGCUGGUUUUCCUGCUGACAUUCAUGGAUCUGCGUCUCUCUGCCUGCAUCCUGCUGGUACUUUGUGUGACAUGGAGUGCAAAUGGAGGGAAUGUUUUGGUGUGGUACACUGAAGGCAGCCACUGGAUAAACAUGAAGCUUGUUCUGGAGACAUUGGUUGACAGGGGACACCAGGUGACUGUACUGGUCCCGAGCUCGUCAAUGUACAUGAACACCAAUGAACCCGCCCGCUUUCACUAUGAGCCCUUCAAUGUCACUUUCUCAUUGGAGGCUAUGGAAGAGUUUCUAGAAGAGUUCCUCCAAUUCAAUGUAUAUGAGAUUGAUUAUAUGAGCUACUGGGAGAUCUACAUCAGAUUAACUGACAUGAUGAAAACUGACCUGCAGUUUUCUAUCCAGUAUUUGGACGGUGUGGUGAAAUCAGAAGUUGUCAUGAAGAAGUUGAAAGAAGGAAAUUAUGACCUUCUCUUGGCUGACCCCAUCUACCCUGGCAGUGACUUGGUAGCAGAUAUUUUGGGGAUCCCACUUGUCUUCUCUUUGCGCUUCUCCUUAGCUAAUAACUGGGAGAGGCAUUGUGGUCAGAUGCCUGCUCCACCAUCCUUUGUUCCCGGUGCCAUGAGCAAACUCACAGAUAAGAUGGACUUCUCAGAGAGAGUGUGGAACUUUCUCUUCUACGCUCUCCAAGACAUCGUGAUUAAUCAGUUUUCUUGGAAAGUAUUAGAUAGAUAUUACUCUGAUGUCAAAGGAAUUCCCACCAGUGCCUGUGAACUGAUGAGUAAGGCAGACAUCUGGUUAAUCCGAACCUACUGGGAUUUUGAAUUCCCUCGUCCUUUCCCCCCCAACUUCAAAUAUGUUGGUGGGAUCCACUGCAGACCUGCUAAACCUUUACCAGAGGAUCUGGAGGAAUUUGUGCAGAGUUCUGGAGAUGAUGGCAUUGUGAUCUUCACUUUAGGAUCCUUGAUCAACAACGUCACCAAGGAGAAGGCAAACAUGAUAGCCUCAGGCCUCGCUCAGAUCCCACAAAAGGUGCUGUGGAGAUACAGAGGAGAAAAGCCAGAAACUUUGGGUGCCAACACUCAAAUAUAUGAUUGGAUUCCUCAGAAUGACCUCCUGGGUCACCCUAAAGCUAGAGCUUUCAUCACCCACGGAGGCACAAACGGGAUUUAUGAAGCCAUCUACCACGGUGUUCCUAUGGUGGGAAUCCCCGUGUUUGGUGACCAGCCAGACAACAUGGUCCAUAUGAAGGCUAAAGGUGCUGCAGUUAUUUUCAACGUGAAUUUCAUGACGUCUGAAGAUCUUAGAGAUGCAAUCAACACAGUCAUCAAUGACAAAUCGUACAAACAAAAUGCUAUGAGGCUGUCCCGCAUCCACCACGACAGACCCAUGAAUGCUCUGGAAGAGGCAGUAUUCUGGAUCGAGUUCACACUGAGAAACAAAGGGGCCAAGCACCUGAGGGUCCAGGCCCAUGAACUCACCUGGUACCAGUAUCUCAGCCUUGAUGUCCUGGGCUUCUUCUUCACCAUAGUUCUACUCAUCAUAUUCAUCUUCAUCAAGACCUGCAGUUUCUGUUUGCACAGGUGUUGUAUCAGGAAAGGAAAGACAAAACGGAAAGCUGAAUAACAACUAAACUGAAACGGUGCUGUGAAUGUUGGACUGGGGCAAUGUUUGUUACCAGCAUGAAACUUUCUUUCAUAUAUGUUGAAUUUCCCUUCAUCGUCUCCUUUAUGCACCACCACUAAUGACUUUAACAGAUGCACUAAUUUGCGUAACAGAACCUGAAGUUGAUCUGAUAUUAAAAAGCAAAUACUGAUUGGCUGCUUUUUGUUUUGGGGUUUUUUUUAGGGUUUUUUUUGUUUUGUUUUGUUUGUUUGUUUGGAAAAAACACUAACAUCAGAUUGAAUUCAGUAUAUUCAAACUUGCUUUUGUUUUUUAAUGCAUACAGAAAUAUUUUCCUAAAAAACAUUUCAUUAUUUAUGCAUAUAUUUUAUUUACUCUUUUCCUUCUUUUCCCUUUUUUUAAUUUUUAUUUUUUUAUUAAUCAAUUCAAUCUAGGAACUGUGACAAUCAACAUCUUCAUCAAUAAAUCUGAUAUCUGCAUCAUGAUUCUGUGGAAUUUAAAGUCAGAUUUC